CCGACAACUACCCAACAUCAAACACCAUCCCCUCCAAUUGACCCAUUCAAUCAAAAUGACAUAUCACGAAGUCCCCAAUUCCAUUCGAAUUACCCUAAUCAUCCUCACGAUCCUCUCCUUCACCCCCCAACUGCACACCCUCUACACCACCAAAUCCAGCACCGGCAUCUCCAUCGGCUACAUCCUCUCCCACCUCCUCGUCGCCACCGAACACCUCACCAAACUGACAUACAUGAUGAUCAACGUCCCCGAAGCCGCCGCCGGCCAAUUCAUCCACGACCCGAUCAAUCCCGGGGACUGGUUGAAUUUUCUCCAAACCCUAACCACGUGGAUUCUUUUUCUCACUCUGUUCAUCACAUCCCUCUACCUCCGUCCCCCAUCCCACAACCCCCGCCCCUACAUAACCACUUACACCCUCAUCCUCCUCAUCUCCCUCCUCCCCGAACUCAUCGAUCCCUUCCUCCGUUUCCCCCACGAAGGCUACCAAGAAGCCUUCGUUGCCACACACACCAUCCUCCUCAGUCCCAUCGCCACCUUCCUCGCUGGAUUCGCCGUGUGUCUUCAGGCCGGACAGAGCAAGAUCCACGGAACGGACUCCGCGUUGUCGAUGACCGGCUUGGCAGCUCAGGCUGUUGUGUUUGGGCUGGUAGCGGCGUCGUGGCCAUUCAGGAUCGCGUAUCGGGAGGCGUGGGAUCCGUUGCAUUUGGGGGCGUAUUUUGGGCAUGCGUGGGCUGGGGUCGAUUAUGGGGUUUUGGGGGUCGUGCAGGGCGUGUUGGUUUUGUGGGUGGGGUGGAGGAGGUGGAGGGGGGUUGAUGGGGAUGGGGUGGGGGAUGGGGUGGAGGAGAGGGAGGCUUUAUUGGGGAGGGCAUGA